AUGUCAGAUCUCACUAAAUUUCUUCACGAUGAGAAGAAAGAGAAUCUGUUAGUCUAUGAAUUAGAAUUCAAUGAAUCCGAUAAUCCAAAUAAGAAACUUCGUGCCUUUGCCAGAUCCCAAGGAAAACGCGCAUGCCGUCUAUGGUUAAUUGUAUUUUUAGUUAAUAUAGCAAUUCUGAUGGUGGCUCUCUUCUUAAUUCUAUUACUUCUAGUUGAAGUAGGACCUGUUGCUCCGUAUCAAACUUACGGAAAAGAAUGUGCUGUUGGUAUUUGUGAUGCAAAACAAGGAUUGGUUUGUGCGAAUGGAAAUUACACGAAAACAUGUCGAUGUCCACCGGGAGCUUGGUUUUGGUCUCAGAACAGCAAAUGUCGUAUGUCAUUUAAUUUCAUCGAAAGAAAAAUUGAACUCUAUUUGAAUUAUCCAGGAGAAUGUCCACCUAAUUGGAUUGUUACGAAUAGUGGUACCAGUUGUUAUUUUGUCUCUCAUACAUAUUUAAACUUCACCGAUGCGAAUCUCUGGUGUGCGAAGAGUCAAGGUCAUCUGGUUGAAAUUUCGAAUGCAAAUAUCUUUUUAACUCUACAAUCAGUUAACACAUUUCACUUCGAUUUGGAUAAUUUGUAUUGGAUUGGUUUACGUGAAAUUGGUCCGAAUAAAAAUGUGUAUCAAUGGAUAACAUCACGAUCGACUGCUUCGAUCUCGAACUACUUCUGUUCAGGUCAACCUGCUCAUACAUAUAAUUAUUAUUUUCAACAAUAUGAUCAAUGCAUUGCUUUAUAUACUCAAUCGAGUACCUCGACAUGUUUACGCGAUGCAACCUGUCCAGAUUCUUUGCCAUUUAUUUGUGAAUUAUGACUAUUUUGGCUAUGGUGUGUAAAUAUGUCAUUCAUAGAAACGGAUCCCCGUGUAGUUCUAUCAUGCGGUGGUUUUUACAGUAUACUCAUCGGUUCAGCAUCGAUUUCCAAUCUUUAUCUCGCAUCUUCAGCGAUGGAUCGCAAUAUUAUUAUUCUCUAUCCGACUCGUUAUCGUUCGAUAGUCACACCUUCUCAUGUUCGGUUACGUAUUCUUAUAUUUUUCAUCUUAAUGACACUUCUGGUCAUUCCUCAUCAUUUAUAUUUAUAUUACGAUCCGCGAAGUACAUCAUUCCUCUGUGAUUUCUAUGCUGCUCGCCACGGUCGAUACAUACGUUUAUUAGCAUUAAUUCACGGCACGUUCUUCAUUCUUACACCUUCGUUAAUCAUUUUUAUUUCUUCACUAAUCUUACUCCACAAUCGUUGUAAACACAAUCGAACGUAUAAGAAUACUCUCAGUGCCAGUGCACGUCGAUUGUAUAGACAUUCGAUCAUUAUUUUCAUUUAUUCACUGGGAUUACUCUUAACUUUGGCACCACCCGGUAUAUUACAAGUGUUUGUCAUUCGCGAUCGGUUUUAUCACAAUAUUCGCUGUUCAACUCGGUUGAAACUUUAUAAGAUCCUGAUGAAUUUCUUCUUGAUAUUUUCGGCACUGAACUAUUCGAUGAAAUUCUAUUUUCAUUUGAUAACGUCAACUAUGUUCCGGCAAGACUUCAUUCAAUUGAUUUCCUGUCGUCAAUCAAAGAAACAGCCGGAUCAAUCAAUAAAAAGAAACGAUGCACAUCAACCUGAACAACGCUUACUUCCAUCUCGUGAUAACAUGAAGAAGGACACCGUCGAAAUCUAA